GACUUACGGUAUGGAGAUCCAAGUUGUGGAAAGAUCCCAAGCAUUCUGCAUAACAAUCCCCACAUCUAUAAAUAAGCAAGGUACUGCCCUUUACAUAAAUAUACAACUGAAAAUGCCUGCUUGGAAAGUAAUGGUACUUUAAAAGUAGCCCAGAAAAUGGGAAGAUACAAUUUUAACCUGCCCUCUAAUCACGAAAUUACAUCCAGAUAUGUCAACUGAUAGAGCUGCCUUGCACAAAGUUCCCAAUAAAUUUGAGUCAGCAGUAGAAGUCUGCAGUCCUCCGAAUCGCUGAUCAGAUGGAUGCAGCGUUCCUGCUCAGAGUAGCACAAUGCAGCUGAAAGCAGCAAGCACAAUCCUCUGCAAGGCACUAUAGGAAAAGCUGGAGAAAUGCCAUUACCCAACAAGAUUUUCUUAAAAGACAUGUAUUGAUUCUGGAUACAGCGAUAAUCAUGAGUUACCUUAAAAUAACAUACUCAGGACUCCUGGUUCUUGUGGGCUUGGUACCAAAUAUUAUUUGCAUUUGCCCUCUGAAGUGCUCUUGCUUGGUAAAGAACAGAUAUAUAGACUGUUCGGGAGGAAACCUUACAGCACUGCCACAUGGGCUGCAAGACAAUGUUACACACCUGAAUCUGUCUCAUAACCUUUUAGAUAAUUUGGAUCAUCAGUUGACUCGCUUCUCUAAUUUGAGAUUACUUGAUCUAUCCCACAAUUUGCUCAGGACUCUUCCUGCUCAUUUGCCAAGAUCUCUUUGGGAGGUUUAUGCUGCAAGCAACACAAUUAAAGUUCUCCACAAGCUUGACACUGCUUACCAAUGGAAUCUUAAAGUACUGGAUAUCUCUAGGAAUGAGAUACGGAGGAUAGUAUUUAUUAAUAAUACACUGAGCAACUUGCAGUUCUUAAACUUGAGCAGUAAUCAGUUAUGGACUGUUCCUACAAACAUGCCAUAUAACACACAAACUAUUGACUUAUCAAAUAAUUACGUGACACAAAUUUUACCAGGAACAUUGGUAAGAAUGCCCAAACUUCAAAAAUUGUUCCUGCACAACAACAGAUUUGCCUAUAUACCAAACAAUGCUUUUGAUCAACUCACAAACCUAAUGAUGAUUACACUCUACAACAAUCCAUGGUCCUGCAAAGAAAUGCAAAACAUGAUCUAUUUGCUGAAAUGGCUUAAGGAGAGGGCAAUCCAUGUCAUGGGAUAUCCAUGUGCCAAUGAAACAACCCACCAUGACGCUGUACACCUGCCUUCUGUAACUGCAAAAUUUGAUGCUGUAUCAGACUAUACACCAGUAUUUACAACAACUGGCUUGCUUUUCCUGGAGGCUCAAGAAACAAAACUGUACACACAAGUGCCAUUUUUCAAACCCGGGGCAACAGUUUCUUUGACUACACCCAGCGAUAUUCUUCAGAGCACUGAUAAUUCUUUUUACACGGAAGAAGGUUCAGCACAUGAAAACCUCAACUUAGAUUUCAACACAUUUAUCACAAAGGAUGUACCUCUUACAGACUCAUUUGAAAUAGAAGAUUCAGGGUCUUAUGAUUCCACUGUGACCUUGAGCAACAGUAAACCAAUGCCAGCCAAUGCACCAGAGCUGACUCUUUCAAGCACAACAAUCUCUGAGGGAAUACAAAUUACCACUAUUCAAAUGACAAAGAUACCUUCUGCCGCCCAUAAAGAUAAAGGUCUUGUUACUGAAUGUCUUAUCCUUCUUCUCAUGGUUAACAUGGUCUAGAGGCACGAUGUAAGCAGAAUCUCUAAAAUUCACAACUACUUAAAGAAGACAGUAAUAAUGAUUAGGAAAACUGCAUUGUUUGCUAUGACAUAUAAGGAUGGGAACAGUGUACUGCAUUUGUUAAAAAAAACAAAACAGUUAUUUUUAUCCCAACUGUAAAGUGUAUUUGUAUAAAAAUAAACAUGGAAGCUGUUAAAGAA